GGAGUCAAGCUUCAAGGAGAAGUCUAGAGAGAGAGAGAGAGCAUGAGAGAUGCUGUCUAGAGAGAGAAACAAGAGCGAGGAGUCCGUAACUGAGAAGCUUUUGGAUUUCCUUUCAUAUGGUUAGCAGAGGUAGAGAACGUAGUUGGAUAACUGCACGAUACCUUCUCAUUCAUCUCUCUCUCCCUCCCUCUACAAAUUUAGCAAACCCUAGAUCCAAAACUCUCUGUAAUUCUCUCUGCAAAUCCAUGAGCUCACUCCACAAAAGAAAAAAUUCUGGUAGCCCUAACCUUAAUCCCCUCGCUUCGUUAACUCCACAAUCGUGGCCUCUGCUAAAACCCUAACCCCAACCCUAAUUCUCUGCUCUCCUCUUCUGAAACUUGCGAAAAGGUUGGGCUUUUUUUUUCUAGGAAUUUGUUCACUUCUACAUAGGAAGUAUGCCCUCUGAAACAGAGGAACCGGAUUCCACCACAAAAAUGGUGGAGAACAUGACUGAGAAGUUUGAAGAUACAGAGUAUGAGAGCGAUCCGGACGUCUCUCUUUCUCUAACUAUGAGGCGAAGAGAGGCCAGUGACGACGAAGAAGAAGGGAGGAAUCUUGAGAUUGUUGAUCGGAGGGCUGGAAUUGAAUCUGGGGGUGAAUCUGACGGGCAGGGUGGGGCACCAGCCUACGAGGACGAAUUGGAAGAGGAGGAAGAAGAAGAAGAAGAUGAGGGGGAGGAUUUUGAGGAGAGAGAAGUGGAAGAGGAGGAUUUUGAGGAGAGAGAAGGGGAGGUUCUGGUUCAGUUACCGGAUUCUGGGGAGGUUGCUGGAAUCCGGCGAUCUGGGGAAGAAGAGACACAGAGACUUCAGCCAGAGGAGGAGAAGAAAGAGACUGAGCCUUUUGCAGUUCCAACUGCUGGGGCUUUCUAUAUGCAUGAUGAUAGGUUUCGUGAUCAUGGGGGAGCUCGCCAUAGGCGGACUCCUGGUGGACGCAAAUUAUGGGAAUCGAAAGAUGACAGGGCAUGGGUGCAUGAUAGGUUUGAAGAGCUGAAUCUACAAGAGCCACCUCAAAAUGAGGAUAGGAGAAGGUCAAAAGGGCGUUUCAGAGGUCGGGGUAAAAACAGGGGCGGGGAACGUGGAUAUGCACAGGGGAACAGGCCAAGAGCCUAUGAUGAUAGUAACAAUUCAUCACAUGCAGUAAGGGGUGUAAGGGGCAGAGGGCCAAGGAGAUAUGAACAAGCAAUGAGGAACAAUGGUUACCACUUUAGAAUGCAUAAUAAGCCACCUCUAAAAUCUCACGAUGCCAUGGCUAGCAGCAGUGGAACAAAACCUUUCUUUCAUGCUUCAAAGGAGCAGACUGAGGCCUUGGGUCCUAGGAAGCAUGUCUUCGCUUCGAGCCUAAGCUCUGCUUCUCCCCCAUUUUAUCCCUCUGGAUCUUCUAAUCAAGACAAUUCUAUUAUCCAAAAGAGGGUUCUCCAAACUGGUUCUAGCACGCAAAGGAACUUGCCCACUUCGGUUUCUCCUGAUGAGCUUGUUACACGAGGAAAGUCUGUCAUUGAACCUAUUGGGCAGAACAGAAUAUAUGCAGAUCAUUCUUUGCGGAUGCUCACUGGAAAGCAUCUGGCCAAUUCAUCACCAAUCCAGUCUUCUGGGUCUUCUUCACCUGUGAGCGCAACCCAUACUUCUCAUUCCAGAUUUCCAGGGAAGGGUUUAUCAGUUUCAGGGAUACAAAGCUAUCAUGUCACACCGCCUGUGAGCCACAUCAAUAAAACCACUUCGCAAACUCUAGCUUCAGGGCCCCAGAAGUUGGUACAAACUCCAGCACAAUUGGGUUCAAAGACUUCAUCACAACAACUGGGUUCUCGACCUGGUAGUGGAAAUCCGUCUGCUAGUUCUUCACCUCAAGCACCUUCUGUGCUCAAUGUGUCCGAAGUUGGAGAGACUGAUUCUCCCCCUGGUUCGUCCCAGUCUAAGACUGCUCUAGUUGGGAAGGGCAAAGCUGGGGUUCAAGGAAGUGGAAGAGGCUCCUUCUUGUAUGGUGGUGCACAGGUUAUUGGGGCUACGGGUGCAAUGGCUGUUGCUCAUAGUGAUCAAAGCUUCCCUCCCACUCCAGCACUGUUGCCAGUUAUGCAAUUCGGAAGUCAGCAUCAUGGUGGUCUUGGGGUUCCUGCGGUUGGUAUGGCACUUCCUGGGUACGUGGCUCAACCACAACUUGGAUUCGGAAAUUCUGAGAUGACCUGGGUACCGGUCUUGGCUGGGGCAGCCGGGGCUCUGGGGGCAGCUUACUGUUCACCUUAUAUGGCAGUUGAUGGUGGUUAUUAUGCUCGUCCAUCUGGACAGACAUCCUUGGGUGUUUCCAGUAGAGACUCUGGUUCAAGCAAAUCGCCACAAAGGCCUGAGCUUGUUAGUGAUGAAUUUGGGCAACGGCAAAACAAGCCUCGCAGAUAUUCUGCAAUGAAUUUUGGACAAUGAAUUACAAGUGAUAAAUUGGGUGUAUUUGAAUAAGCAGCUAAAUUGUUCAGCACUGCAGGCCUGCCUUACUGGCCCUCUGUGAUGUCCAGCUUUUGUUCUGGAGCACUUUGGGCAGUUUGAUAUCUCAAGAUAUGCUAGUUAUAUUAUGCCCUUCUUCUGCUGUGAGUGGUUGUUUCGUGGCAGCUGGACUGGUGGCAGUUCCUUCACUUGAACUGCGGUA